UCACAUCCGCAAUUCAGCUUGUCAACAACAAACCGAUCUGACACGCGGAGCGAUGAACGCGAAGCUCCAGAAAUGGCGGAGUUUCUCGAUCCUUUGGAGCACUGCGAAGCCAAACGACGCCGUCCCCGUCUCCGUCUCCCGCGCCCUACACAACGGGCCGGACACCGUCGAAGAGCUCCUGGACAGGCACGUUGCGAAGGAGGAGAAGAAGUCCCUGGACGACGACGAGGAGGAGCUCCUCGCGCGGCGGCGGCGGCUCACCAGCACGCGGCGGGAGGCGCUGGGCCUGUACCGGGACAUCCUCCGGGCGACGCGGUUCUUCCCGUGGACCGACCCGCGCGGCGUGCCGUGGCGGGAUGUGCUGAGGGAGAACGCGCGGAGGGAGUUCGAGGAGGCGCGGUUCGAGCGGGACCCGGAGGUCGUGACGCGGCUGCUGAUCGGAGGGAGGGACGCCGUGGAGGCGGCUCUGGAGAAGCUCGCCGAGAAGCACCGGCAGCAGAUCGAGAAGGAUCGCGGAGAUGGGCGGUGAUUGAGCCGAUCGAAUGAUGAACGAAUCGUGACGCCUUUCUCUUUUUCUUUAUCCUUUUUGUUGCCUUUUCUCCACCUAAUUGUAUAACGAGAGUGAUGAAUCUUGAUGAACUUCUGCGCGCGUCUCUCUACUUGAACGGCUUGACCUCGUGAUCUGGUCAGAAAAAUUGAGCUGGUUCGGGGAAAAAUCACGGGACACGACACGAGCGGAUUAAGAAAGAGACUGAAGCUAAGGUGUUCGUAAAAAUUACUGCAUAAAGCUCCUGAAUUAGAUUCCAUGCGGUUCACACAUUGGAUGGUCCGCAUUGCAUUGUU